AUGUCCAUCUUAUCUGGCCAUCUUGAACAAAUAUCAUACUCGUGUCAAGGAAUAGACUCCUUACCUUUCCCGCCACCAAAGCUCUUCACAAAUGCUCUCCUCUCGAACCAUGACAUCACGUCUCUGAUUAGAGACACGGAAGCUCACGAACGAGCUCUCUUUUCUGUUCCGCCGCCUCCGUCUCCAGCUACCCAGAGCCGUCGCAGCGCCGAGCCUGAAUCCAAAUCCAAGGGCAGACGCCAAACAGUUUUCAAUGUCGCAUCGGGCGAAGUAACGACCGGUCCCCCGACCCGUGCGUCCUCGAACCCUCGCCGCCACACAGCGGUCGCUGCCGUCUUGGGCGGCGAGAUGCACUCUCAGCUCCGGCGAGGAGAGACGGAUCGCAAAGGCGAUGUUGACGUUGAGAUUUUGCUACGCGGCGCGGAGAAGCUUUGCGGCGUCUAUGAGCUGCCUGGUGCGAGGGACCGCAUUUCAGCACUGCGAAACAAGCACCGCAAUGGAAAGAACACAACGGCAUACUACGAGGCCAGGGUAGCCGAACAGGCUGAGCAGCUGGCCAGCAUGAACAAGAGCUGGAUGGGCGAGGACGGAAGCGAAGAAGAUGACGCUGGGGAUGAAAGCGAGCUUUGGACGGAAGAGGACCUACGACGGGAGGAGGCCGAGGCAAAGGAGAUGGAAGCAAAGAAGAGGGAACUUCAAGCAAGGCUGCGGCAAAUGGAGAAGGAUUUAGGAGGACUUAUGGAUUUGUGA